AUGACAGAUAUUGAAAAUAUCGCCAACCUGAUCAAAAGCGGCCAGGUGCACCGGAUCGUUGUGCUUGUUGGCGCAGGCAUCUCCACCGCGGCCGGCAUCCCCGACUUCAGAUCGCCCGAGACUGGCAUUUAUGACCGGCUCAAACCCCUUAACCUGCCCUAUUCAGAAGCCAUCUUCCACAUCAGCUACUUCAGGCACACCCCCGAGCUGUUUUACGCCAUCGCGCGCGCCAGGCAUCCUCGCAACCUCAAACCGACUAUCACCCAUGCUUUUCUCGCUCUUCUAGCGAAGAAGAACCUUCUCCAUUUUGUGUUCACACAGAACAUAGAUGGCUUGGAGCGGGAUGCCGGUGUCCCAGAGGACAAGAUCCUCAAUACACACGGGAGCUGGCGGACCCAGCGCUGCUGGAAGUGCAAGACCCCCUAUCCCGAUGACUUGAUGAAACAAGCAAUCAAUACAGGCACUGUCCCGUAUUGUCAGGUCCCUGACUGCGGGGGAGCUGUAAAGCCUGACGUGGUGUUCUUCGGACAGUCUCUCCCCGCGGAAUUCGCUGAAAAAGAGAAGAAAGUUUCCGAGGCGGAUAUGAUGCUUGUCAUGGGGACGAGCUUAAGGGUUGCUCCGUGCUCGAAUCUGCCGCGUUUGGCUCGUGAAGGCGUUCCACGGGUGCUAGUCAAUCGCGAGACGGCAGGAGACUUUGGAAAGCGGGCGGAAGAUGUGUACAUCUUGGGCGAUUGCGAUGACGGGGUACGCAAACUGGCGGAUGUCCUUGGAUGGACUGAGGAGAUGGAGUCGCUGUGGAAGGAGGCCGUUGCGGCCAAAGAAGCAGCACAGGAGGAUUGUGGAGAGGAGGAGAGUCUGGACGAUUUAAUCGACAAGUACGCGAAAACGCUAAGGGAUGCCAGGAAGAUCUCUGACGGCCAUAAACGGAUGUUGGAAAACCAUCUGGAGACGAAGUUUGCCGAUGUCCUAAAUAAGAGCAGGUAG